GCUCCGGGGAUGGCCGAGGGGACAGAGCCCUGCAGCUCCGGGGAUGGCAGAGGGGACAGAGCCCUGCAGCUCCGGGGAUGGCCCAGGGGACAGCUCAGGAGAUGGCAGAGGGGACAGCGCAGAGCACCGGGACCAUCCCGUGUCCCACCCUGGAGCCACUCCCAGCUGUGCACAGGAACGGGAGUGCUGGGAAUGUUGGGAUGCUGCAGGUGCUGGCUCCAUGCCCCUGGGAGGAACGUGGCCGUGGCCGCUCUGCUCCCAGCGGUCAAGGCUCCUCGGGCUGUGGCCAGGGGUCCCUGUCCUGGAGGGGACAGUCUCUGCCUCCAGGCUGGCUGUCCCGGGGGGCAUAUUCCCCUGGGAGGGAGGUGCCAGAUGCUACAGCCUCCUGGGUGCCCCCAUGUCCCCUCCCGGGGGAUGGGGACCAGACCAGCCCCGGGAUGAGGGUCCCCUGUGGCUGAAACCUCACGGGGCUGGGACAGGCCUGGGACAGCGGCCCUGCAGGUGCCACCUGGUCUCUGCAGGGUCUCCUUUGCACAGGUCACAGCCCCUCAGGGCUCUCCCCCUCCAACCCUCCCACCCCCGAGUGCCCCCUUUGUGCUCUGCCUGUGCCCAGCCCUGGGGGCAGCUCCUCUCCCUGUCCCUGUCCCAGCCCCACUGCCCCUGUCCCUAUCCCAGCCCCACUGCCCCUGUCCCUGUCCCUAUCCCAGCCCCACUGCCCCUGUCCCUGUCCCUGUCCCAGCCCCACCGCCCCUCGCUGCUGCUGCCCCAGUGCCGGGGGUGGCUCUCGGUACCGAAUUGGCUCCUGCAGCCCCCCCUGCCCCCGCACUGGUGUGAACUGGGGGUUCUGCGUGGGGGGACCCCAGAGGGCACCGUGGGGUCACCGUGGCCCCACUGCCGCCCGGGACCCCCCAGCACCCCCAAACUGACCCCCCCAGCUCCGCCAGCCCCUCCACCCGUCUCGUUUUUAAAGUCCAGCGUUUUAUUUCAGUGCAGAGCUCUUUGUACAGUGCCCCGUUCCUCUGUACCAUCCUGGCUGUGCAGGUGUAACACGGAGGUUUUGUAACUUACCUGAGCAGUUGUAGAUUAUUGAAGUUUCUGUACAUUGUGUCAAACAUGCAGAGUCCUUGUAUUGUAUUUGUGCCUAGAGGAAAAGGUUAUUCUAUAAAGAGAAACUAACGGAAUUUAAUAAAAAAAUUAAUAUGAGAGA